AUGGCCCUCACCAUGACUCCCACACGCCAACCUUUGGGCUGUUUGGACUCGCCUCACAUGCGUCCGAUCAUUCGAUCGAAACUUAAUCGUCAGAACCAACAAAAUGGUAUCUCUAUCAAGGGCAUGAACACCCCAAUGAAGAACUCAAUAUUUAUGGACUCGGAGAACAUCGACCCAAUCUCCACAAAGCGCAAGCGCACAUUCGAAGAUGACGAGGAAAACACCAAGCCCAAAACAUCCCGUCUCGCUCUUUCCACCCGAACCAACAUCUCCCCACGUAUUAUAACCCCCUUGAAGACCUCGCAAUCCACAACUCCCAAAUCAGCUCCCAUUCUCAAGCCAGCCGGUCGCUCCCCACCGCCAAAAUCCAGCAAGUCUGCCAGCCGUCGCUCCAUCACCAAGCCACGCGCCGAUUUGAGCAAGCGCGGCGUCGCUCGCCCCUUCUCUCUGGCUUCGGCCCUUGCACAGACAAAGGUUCCAAAGCCUGCUCCCAAGGCCCCGGCCUCGUGGUGCUUCGAUAUCCACGUCGAUACUGAGCAGGAGGAGAUGACCAAUCUGAUGCAACACUCGACUACUGUCCUCGAUAUCAGCGACGACGAGGGCAAGGCUUCUGACGGUCGUGGAAAGGAGAACGUCCCCCCUCACGAAAUGGGAAUUGAGAUCCCCAACUCCCGCCAGCCUACUCCCUCCGCCUCGGUUGCCACUGCUCCUGUUGCCCGCACAUCAACCACAAUGGAAGACCGCGCGCCUCUGGGCGAGCUCAACGCUGCUGACUACUAUGCUGAAGGCUGCAAUGCCUUUUCAUACACGGUUAUCUACGACGAGGCUGAAACUGUCGAGUUCAAGAAGCCUUCCUCGCCUCUUGCCCAGAGCCAUCAGGCUCUCAUUACUACCUCUAUCGCAUCUGUUUUGGAGGCUGUUUCUCCCACGGCUGAGACCCAGAAGAGUGACUCUGAAACCAAGAACUGA